AGUAGAUCUCUGUGUCUGCAGUGAGUCAGGUUACAGAGUGCUCUUAAAACACACCUGAGGGAGACAGAGCACACAGACAGUAAACGCAGCACGACAGACACCAAAUAACCCCGAGAAGGAUACACAGGAGGGAUACGGUUCCCCGGCUGCACCAUGCUGGCUCCCUGGAGAUGCUUUGGAUGGACUCUGGCCUUUCUGCUUGCUGUGUCAGAGACCCUGGCCAUUGAAGUUUCUACAUCUGUCUGCAACUGUAAUGGCCGCACCCAUCAGUGUGUGUUUGACCCAGAUUUACUGGCACAGACAGGCUCCGGGUUCCGUUGCAUUAACUGUAAGGGAGGUACUGAUGGCCCAAAUUGUGAGCGCUGCAAGGAGGGGUAUUAUCCACUGCCAGGGGGUGACUGUGCACCCUGCUCCUGCGAUGCUAAAGGCUCUCUCAGCCCACAAUGUAAUAAUUUUGGAAGAUGCAGCUGUAAACCGGGUGUAAUGGGUGAGAAGUGCGACCAGUGCCAACCUGGCUUCCAAUUCCUUACUGAGGCUGGCUGCAGGAGACAGGGCUGUCAGUGUGACCCUGCAGGGAGCACUCAGGGAUGCGAUGCUGGUGGGAGAUGCGUGUGCAAAGCAACAGUUACUGGAGAACAAUGUGACAGGUGUAAACCUGGAUAUUAUGAUCUGGAUGCUUCCCGCUCAGAAGGCUGUUUACAGUGUUUUUGUCAUGGACAUUCUACAUCUUGCAGCAGCUCAACUCAAUACAGCAUUCAUAAUAUCACAUCCUCCUUCCAGAAAGACAUGGAAGGCUGGAAUGCUGUCCUGAAAGAUGGAUCUAUAUCUCCUGUUCCUCUUCGGAAGUCUCGGCACCACCCUGAAGUCUACCUAGCAUCCCGACAGCGAGAACCUCUGUAUUUCAAUGCCCCAGCAAUCUUCUUGGGUGACCAGUCUCUGAGCUAUGGCCAAAAACUGAUUAUAAGCUUCCGCGUGGAUCGAGGACGUCACAGAGCGGGGGCCGAAGACAUAGUGCUGGAGGGGAAUGGCUUCAAAAUUUCUUCCCCUCUUACAACGUCCAAAACUGCCCUGCCUUGCAGACUGCCCCAAACAUACUCAUUCAGGCUGGAUGAGCUAUCGGGAAGCCCCUGGACUCCUCGUCUAAGCCAAUUAGACUUCCACCGUCUACUGAGCAAUGUGACUUCACUGCGAAUCCGUGGCUCUUAUGGAGAAUACAGCACGGGAUACCUACAGUCAGUCACUUUGGUAUCUGCUCGUCCUGGGCCUGGAGCUCCGGCCCACUGGGUGGAGAAGUGUGUUUGUCCUACUGGCUACCAAGGGCAAUUCUGUGAGCGUUGUGUCACUGGGUACCGCAGAGAGUCUCCGACCCUGGGUUCUUUUAGCACGUGUAUUGCCUGCAAUUGCCCAGGUGGUGGUGUGUGUGACCCAGACACUGGUGACUGUUACUCCGGAGAUCAGGAUCUGAAUAAUGGCUGUGCGGACUGCCUCCAGGGGUAUUACAAUGACCCCAGAGACCUCCAGAACUGUUUGCCAUGCCCCUGCAGUGCUGGCUUUGGAUGCUCAUUGUCCCCAGAGACCCAGGAACCUGUGUGUGACGAUUGCCCUGUAGGACUUGGAGGGCCACGGUGUGAGGUGUGCGCAGAUGGAUAUUUUGGAGACCCCCAGGGACUAAACGGAGCACCACGUCCCUGCAGGCCUUGUGUAUGCAGUAACAAUAUUGAUCCUACUGUGGAGGGGAACUGUGAUGGGGUGACUGGAGAAUGCCUCAAAUGUGUUCACAAUACUGGUGGAUUUUAUUGUGACCGCUGCAGAGAGGGAUUCUAUGGGAACCCACUGGAUCCUAAUCCCGAGCUGAAGUGCAGAGCUUGUCACUGCCACCCAAUGGGUGCUGUGAAUGGAGGGUGUCAGAAAGAUGGGUCUUGUGUCUGUAAAGCUGGUUUUGAUGGUGAGAAUUGUGAUCGCCCUCAGUGUCCCAGCUGCUACAAUCAAGUGGGUGAGAAGAUCAGUCUAUACAAGAGGGAAAUCCAUGAACUGUCUGGUACGACUCCUAACCAGCUCCCAGCAGGAAGGGAAUUAGAGGAGAGAUUGACAAAUGCUGAAGCCACUACACGGGGCAUGCUGAGAGAGGCAGAAGGAGCACAAGGGGCAGAGCUAUCUGUGAAGAGACGUUUGUCAGGGCUUCAGGGGGCUCAGUCUGGAACUCAGAGUGAGCUGGAGCAGGCUCAAAGGAAACUGCAAGCAGUAGAGGACCAGAGCAGUCAGUACCACGGACAGCUGCGGGACACAAAACAGAAGAUAGGCAACGUGCGGCUUGAGUUACAGGACAGGCUGGCAGAACUGGGACGUUUGACAUUUUCAUCUACAAAUUUACCACUGAGUUCUGGAUCUUUCGCCCAGCUCAGCCAAGAGGCUCAGACAAUAGCGGACAGGCUGGCACAGGAAGCUCAAACUACAGCUCAGGAUGCGGCCGAUGCACAGGGAGACACACAAAGAGUUCUUCAAAUUCUACGCUCUGCAGAUCUUGAUCCUGGUGCUCCAGAACGUCUCAGGAAAAGAAUGGACGAUGCCCGUACAGAUACAGCAGCAUUGGAAACUGAGGCCAUGCAAGCUGCAGCGGCCGCAGAGCGCUCCCACCGCGAGAGCAUGCAGACCACUCGAGCUGUGGCGCAAGCCUCCCGCCUCAACUCUGUGGAAUUUCAGGCAGAGCUGCAGCGUCUAAGAGUGGAAUCCGCAGCAAUCAAGGAAUCUGUCGAUAGAGAAAUAUCUCAGACUAAAGAACUUCAGACGAAAAUUAACGCCUGGGAGCUGGAAUCAGAACAGAAGCUCCAGGAAGGACGGGAGAGUAAAUUGUUGGCAGAUCAGUACCUCUCACGAGUAAAUGUUGCAAAGACCAAAGCCGAACAAGCGUUACGAACCGGGAACAGCACCUUCUAUGAAAUUGAGGGUAUACUCAGCAACCUGAAAGGCUUUGGUGACAAAGUAGGAGACCGGCGAAGUGAGGCUGAAGAUGCAAUGAGACGUCUCCCUGAGAUCCGGCGGCGGGUUGAAUCCUCCACCGAUGUUACAGACAGAGCUGCAAAUGCUCUUAAAGGAGCGGAGAAAGAUGCAAAUUUGGCAGCAGGGAAUGCUGGAGAAGCUCAGAGCAUUGCAACUGCCAUACAACUGGACAUGUUUCAAAUGGGGAAUGAUGUUAACAAUUCAGCAGAGAUGGCUCUUACAUUGGAGCGAGAGUUUUCAGAGCUGCGCAGAUUGACAAAAGGCACAGGUGAUGAUCUAGAUAGCAGGACUAAGACCGCUGACCUAGACAGUGCUGCGGCAGAUGGGAUUGCUCAGUCAGCUACAGAAGCUGAGGCCAAGGCUUCCGGUGCCAGCGAUGCAGUUACAGCAACCCUCGGAGCUCUGGAUCACGUGCUAAGUUUAAUGAAUUCGCCUCUGGCGGGUGAUGAGGAAGGCGUGCGUACUCUGGAGCGCAGUCUGAACUCAGCUCGCAGUCAGCUCUAUGAUCGUCUCAAACCAGCUCUGGAAGAUAUGGAACUGGCAGCUGUCCGUCAAAGGCAAAGAAUUCUCAGCCUUGACACAGAAAUCAGUGAGACCCUCAUCGACAUACAGAACCUGAGGGACAUUGUUGCCACCCUACCUCCUGGAUGCUACUCCACCACAGCUAUCGAAAGACCCUAAAAGCUCCCAAGACAAGGAAAAGACUGGUAUAGAAGAGAUACUGGAUAAUAAGAAUCAUUGGACCAUCCAAGACAAGGAAAAUAAUGCCGAGUGGUAUAGAAGAGAUACUAAAUAUUCACUGGGUCAUAAAAUAUACCAUGAGAAUUGUGAUUCCAUCCAGGGGACACUGAAAAUGUACCAUUCAUGCUACAGAGCGGUCCAGUGUUUGUAUUUGUAUUGAAGGGCUGUGUGCAUGUUUGAUGUGACAUUCAUUUUCCUGUGGGUACAUUGGACAGAAGGAGUCUAAAUGUGUAAGAGGAGAGACCAUACAUGUACUACUUGAUUUCUACUAGAUUUCUAUUUAUUUAUUAAUAAAAUAUAACCAAAUAAUGGCACUUUUGUUUUGUGAUGACACCACAUUUCACACAUUUCUAGCAAAGCAAAAUCUUUAUUGAUAAAACAGCAACAAUAUGAACAAAACUCAAUACGAUAG